AUGACCUUGCCAACUGCCAUCAUGUGGUCCCAUAGGAGUGCCAAGAUAUGGGAUCACAUUUCAAUCGUUGACGCCACCCAAAGCCUCGGGAUUCUGCUUAGGGACCAAGGCACAUUGAAUGAGGCCGAGCAAAUGUUCAGGUGGGCGCUGGCCGGGUACGAGAAAGCACUAGGGCCGGAGCAACUUUGA